AUGACCUGCUCUAUCAACGACGGAGAAGGGCUGGAGGCCGACCUUACGAUCGUGAUCAAUGGCGUCGUGGUUUCGAAUCAAUCCUUCUUGGCCUCUUCUGCCCACGGCGGUGCGCCGGUGGUGAAGAGCAGGCGCAAUGAUACGAAGAUUCCCAGUACUAGUAUUCGUCCGAAAGAAUCCUCCAUUCCUUUCACUGGUGGCGCAAGGCACCAUCCCGAAACCACCGAUGAGGCCCGGGAACAGGUUGGCAUGUUCCUUCAACACAGUCGGCGAUUGAGCAGCAGGAAGAUCCUUGAGGUCCCCACUUUUGACGCUCGUGAACUUCACCUGGGCCGGUGGCUUGGGUCUGGUGGGUUCUCUCAUGUGGAAGAGCUCCGAGGCAUUCUGGACAUCCCAGGAGGAUCCCGCAAGUCACUCGGGGCUGCUAGUCGGCGAAGGUUGUACUCAUUGUUGCGCAUGUCAUCCAAGAUUGUGGAGGAAGAUCCAACAGAACCAGAAGCGUCCAGUAUCCACAGCAGCGGCAGUGGUGAACCCCUCGCGCAUGAGCUCGGAUACGAACCUGACCGGGUGGAGAUGGAAGAAGAGGAAGACACCGAAACCAGUGAAACCAAUGAAGACGCAGUGGAACCUAUUCCUCCAGAAAACACAGAGGCAGCACGGCGGUUCCUCGUCCAAAACUGUCUCCGUAGUUCAGGAGAAUCAAGGUAUGCCAUCAAACGCCUGAGAAAGGAGAUUGUUCAGGACCCGCAGCAGUAUCCCUCCGGAGCCAUGGAUCUUGCAGCCGAGGCAUUGUUCUUGACAAAUCUCCAGCACCCAAACAUUAUCAAGUGCCGUGCCAUUGGAACCACCGAUCCAUUUGUGUCCAAACCCAGCCAUGAUGACUACUACUUUCUCGUCUUGGACAGGCUCUAUGACACACUCACAGAUCGCAUGGCGAGGUGGAAGGAAGGCAAGCGCAAACUCAAGACAUUGAUUGGACGCAUCACGGAUGUGGGCGGUCGGAAACGCCGAGCUCUCUUGGACGAGCGACUUGCAGCAGCGUUUGACUUGAGUGCGGCCCUGGCCUACCUGAAGGAGAAUCGGAUCAUCCACAGAGACAUCAAACCUGAGAAUUUAGGCUUUGAUAUUAGAGGAGAUAUCAAAGUUUUUGACUUUGGCUUGGCCAGAGAGCUCCGUGAUGUUGACAGGGACCCUGAUCUCAAAGGCAUGUAUCGCUUGUCGAAUAUGACUGGUAGCCUACGGUACAUGGCACCAGAAGUUGGGAGUGUGGCAACCCCUUACAAUGAGGCAUGUGAUGUAUAUUCAUUCACCGUUGUACUCUGGGAAAUGCUCAGUCUCCAGCGAGCCUACAUGGAUGUUGGCGUCUCCCAAGCCUUGUUCAUGCGCAGUGUUUUUGCGGAAAGGAUGCGGCCACCCCUUCGGCACUCUUGGAGCCGAAAUCUUCAAGAACUGUUCAAGGGGGGCUGGGCCCAUGAUCCCAGAGAACGCCUCACUGCUGAGAAGUGCAAUGAGAUGUUGCGUAACGAGUUGGUGGCGAUGAGGCAUGGAGAUGAUGAAGGUUUGGACCACGUGCGUCGACGGUCCACCUACAUUUUGGAGGAAGAGGAAGCAGCUCGGUCAGGCUGGGCACGGUCAGCGUCCACCUCCGACGUCGUCGAGCCUCGCAAAAACAGACCCCAAAGACGAUCGUCUUGUACAGAGCUGAAUAUCCACGGAAGCUCCCCUUUCUAAGCUAUGAACAAAUGCAUGUAUGAAACUGCCUGCCUUCGAAGCAAGAGGCCGGCCCGAACUGAGCACGGUAGAAGUAGAUGUUUCGGCACUUAAACGUAUUUAGAUUUAUUAGAAGAUUUAGACGAACCUACCGAU